ACAAAGGAUAACUUAUUUCCUUAAAUAAAAAUAUGUUCUAUUUAUAUGAAUUUUCAUUGGAGUUGCGAUAGUCUUCUCGAUAUCGCAAUAAUAAAAUCAGAUUUAGAAUAGUUGUGUUUACAUAGAAUCAUACCCGCAUUGGUGCUUCGAUCGUACAUAUAUCUUUCGAAAAGACCCGCCCUUAUUCUAGGAUAAGUUAACCCGGAAGAAAUCCAGAUAUGAUGGAAGCCGAACAAAACAUUGGCGUGGCAGAUAUGACAACAAUGACAGAAAUUGACGAAUCCGGAAUAAACCACAAUCUAAGUCUUCGAUACUGUAGUGACAUAAUAUAUACUUACACCGGGACAAUACUUAUUGCUGUAAAUCCAUAUAAAAGCAUAAGUAUUUACAACAAGGAACAUGUUCACAAAUAUCACGGCCGUAAAAUGGGUUAUUUAGACCCCCAUGUUUUUGCUCUAGCUGAAGCUGCCUAUAAGAGUAUUGUUGAUGAUCAAAUAAAUCAGUCUUGUGUGAUAUCUGGAGAAUCAGGCGCUGGAAAAACUGAGACCACAAAAUUUAUUUUACAAUAUCUAUGUGCAAUUACUUCUAACGUUUCCUCUUGGGUCCAGCAGCAGAUUUUGGAAGCCAAUACCAUUCUUGAAUCCUUUGGAAAUGCAAAGACGAUACGAAACGACAACAGCUCCCGCUUUGGAAAAUUUAUGCAAGUGUGUUUUGAUGAUUCCAACUGUAUAAAAGGUUGCAUUAUUCAAGAUUACCUCCUCGAACAAUCCCGUAUAACGUUUCAAAGUGAAGGAGAACGGAACUAUCAUGUUAUGUAUCAAUUGGUUGCUCAGGGGCUAAAAAAUGUGGACAUGGCACAGUCCCUGAAUUUGAGACCUCCAGAAUUUUAUAAGUAUCUUAAUACUUCGGAUACAUUAGCAAUUGAUGUAAAUCUUGAAUCAGCUAAAUUCAAUGCUCUAACAAUGGCCUUUACAGUUUUGCAAAUUCCUCAAAGCGUAAUAGAUGGUGUUUUCAAAGUCUUAAGUUCGAUAUUAUGGUUGGGAAAUAUUGAUUUCAUGGACAUUGAUGGUGAGGGAUGUGAUUUUUCAAAUUCGGAUCAGGAAAUUAUCAUUAAUAUAUCAAAACUUAUGGGACUUAAGCCUAGUGAUCUUAAAAAGGUUCUCCUAAUGCGCCAAAUAAAUGUUAGAGGAAAUAUUACUGAAAUUCCGCUAAAAAUGCAAGAGGCUAUAGAAAAUCGGCAUUCGAUGGCCAAAGCAUUGUACUCCAGAACCUUCACGUGGCUUGUUAUUAAAAUAAAUAGCUGCACAAAUCCUGGAAAAGAUGGUGCUCAGUUUUUAGGCGUUCUCGACAUAUUUGGAUUUGAAAAUUUUACGCACAACUCAUUUGAGCAACUUUGCAUAAACUAUACAAAUGAAAAGUUGCACAAAUUCUUCAACCACUAUGUAUUCGCCUUAGAACAAUCAAUUUAUAAGCAAGAAGAUAUAUUAUAUACACAUGUAGAAUUUACAGAUAAUUCACAAUGCCUGGAGCUUAUUGAAAAACCACCCAGAUGUGUUUUUAAGUUGCUUACGGAGCAGUGUCAUAUGCCCAAAGGCUCAGACUCGGCCUAUUUAAAUAAUAUGCACACGGAGUUUGAGUUUCACCCAACUUAUAUAAAAGGUUCUGAUCGUCGUCAUUGGGAAACUGAAUUUGGCAUAAGACACUACGCUGGUAGCGUUAUUUAUGCUGUUGACGGAUUCGUUGACAAAAAUCGAGAUGUUCAGCAAGAUGUUUUAUUUGAUUAUAUGAGCCGUAGCGAAGAUUUAUUUGUAAAGGAUCUUUCCAAAUAUCAGGAUCCGCAGUUCCUUAACGUCAUUCAAAACUAUUCGACUUAUCCACGGGGCUCAACGAAAACGAAAUGUACAGUAAGUGAUAGUUUUCGGCACCAGCUGCAAUCUCUAAUAGAUGUUCUUCAAAGUACGAAACCAUGGUAUGUUCGCUGCAUAAAACCAAAUUCACUGAAGAUGGCAAAUAAUUACAACGAAUCUUUAGUUCUUGAUCAACUUAAAUAUCUUGGAGUUUUGGAUAUUAUUCGAAUCAGAAGAGAAGGAUUUCCUGUUCAUUUAAGCAUCACAGACUUUAUUUUAAAGUACAAGUGCCUAAUGCAAAAAAAGUCAUAUUCGUGUACACGUAAUUAUGUGGCCGAUAUAUUAGAAAAUCUUAAUGUUCCCAACACUGAAUGGCAAAUCGGAAAAUCAAAAGUUUUUCUUCGGUCUAUUGCAUAUGAUCCUUUAGAAGAAAAACGAAAGAAUUUAAUUUUUAAUAAUGCAAUCAUAAUACAAAAGCACUGGAAAAGGUUUUGCUGCUUCAAAACAUUUUUACUUUUCAAAAAGUCUGCCCUGAAAAUACAACACGCAUAUAGAGGAUGGAAGUUAAGAAUUCGUUUUAUCAUCAUGCGACGAAGUGCAAUUUUAAUACAAAGUCGAUUACGAGGAGUUUUCGCGAGAGAGGUAGCAGCUGCGUUAAGGGAAAUGCGACGUGUCGAUGAGGAAAUGAAACGCCGUGAUCAAAUAUUUGAUAAAGUUUCUGAAGUUCACUUAGAUGCUAUUGCAGACUGUGAGAGGAUGGUGCAAAACGAAAUCAAUGAAUUGGCCAACAUGACCGAAAAUAUAGAUUUAUCUACGUUGGUCGAUAAUAAUGCUCCCGAAAAGGUCUCAACAGAGAUGUCAAACUUGCAAGACACCGUUGAUUUAGACAAUAUUUUCGCCUUUUUAAGUGAAGUUACAGAGAAUACGCCCCCAAACCCACUCAUCGAGGAAAUAAAUAACAAAAUGAAUCACCUAGUUCAAGAUCUUGACGAAGAAAUAGAAGUUUGUUUGCAAAAGGAGUCAGCUCUUCUUGAACGAGAGCAAGGAAAAUCCAUAACAGCCAAAGGCGUUCCAUCGCUUCCAGAACCAACAAUGCCACCACCGCCCCCACCUGUAACGAAAAACGAAAUAAAUAUUCCUAAACAUGAAUUAAAACCUGAGCCGAUAUAUGAAGCAAUAAAACCUGCUGAUUUGGGAACUGCCGCUAGCAAUCUAACUAAUUUGACGAACUCGACAAAAAAUGACCUUCAUAUGCUUGGCAGUCAAUCAAAUAAAGAAAGAAAGAAGGAGAUUAGUAAACCUUCUUCACCUUUAUUGGUUAAAUUUCAUGUUGGCGAUGAACGAGAACAAAGAAGAAAGCAAAGAGUGGAAAAGAAACUUCAAGAGCUUCACUGCAAUGGGGAAAGUCAAAAAGAGAUAUUUGGCGAUGAUUCCCAUUACAAUAUGGCAGAAUUUGCUGAAAAUUAUUUUAAUCAACAUGAACUGUUACAUGAUGGCACACUAAUAUCUACAUUAACACGAAAAGGGAAAAAAAAUGUAGACACAAUUCCUAAAAGUGAAAUGAUCAUAUUUUCCAAAUGUGACAAAAUUCCUACAUCGCAUAUUCAUAUGUUUGAUCCCGAAAAUGUUCUACUGGCCUGUAAUAUUUUUCGAGAACUUUGGAAAUAUAUGCGUGGAGAGCUCAAUGCAGAGAGAGAGCUUCAAAUUAUUCAAUAUAUUAUUGGAUUGGGCAUUGAAAGAGAAGAUAUACGUGACGAAAUAUUCGUACAAUGCAUUCGACAAUCCACAAAUAAUCCAAAUGUAGAAUGGACUGAUCGAAUAUGGUUGCUAAUGUGUCUAUUAAUUGUCGCUUUUCAGCCAAGUAAAUUGUUAUUCAGAUAUUACGUGUCAUUUUUAAAAAAAAACUUAAAAAUGUUAGAGGGAAAACUAAGACAAUAUGCCCAGUGGUGCUUUGAUAACUGCAAAAGUACAAAGGUAUCUACGAGAGUAUAUCCACCAUCUAGUGUCGAAGUUGCUGCAAUGCGACGACUCGGAACUAUUGUAUGCCGUUUUUUUUUCUUGGAUGCUCGUACAAAAGCCAUAGAUGUUCACCCGACCGACACAGCAGGAGAUGCUGUGCAGAAACUUGCUGACAAACUAAACUUAACUACUAUUGAUGGUUGGGCCAUAUAUCAAUCUCGCCCAGAUGGCGAAGAACACAUAAAAAAUUUUGAUUAUUUAUAUGACAUUAUUUCGGCAUGGGAAAUUAAACAAACCUCCAACAACACAUUAAAACGGAUCUCAAAUGGAUCUACUUCUGGAGAAAAUAGAUUUGUAUUUAAAAAGCGAUUAUUUAAAUCCACUCAUGAAUUAUCGCAAGAUCCCGUCGAAGUCAGUAUGUUAUAUUCACAGGCAGUAUACAGCGUUGUUAAGAGUGACGAAUUCCCUGUCAGCGAAAAAGUGGCUCUUCAACUAGCUGGACUGCAAGCUCAAGUGUCAUUAGGAGAUCCUUCAAAUCAGCCUAAACCGGAAUAUUAUUCCGACAUCAAUAACUUUUUGCCAUGUCGAAUAUCAAAGACUAGAGAGCAACAGUUCUGGAUUCCAAUUCUAGCUCAAGCACAUAGGCAAUACGGAUCAUCAAGAAAUGAGUUAACUGCAAAAGUACUAUAUUUAAGUUGCGUAAUGCAGUACCCGCUUUAUGGCACAACAAUGUAUAGUGUUAUUUACAAAGGAUACUGGAACUUUGUAAACAAUAUAAUUCUUGGAGUAAACUGUGAUGGAAUAAUGUUCAUUCAACCGGAAGAUAAGUUUGUUAUUUACCAAUUUAAAUACGUCGAUAUCGAAUCAAUUAUGUUGGAUCCCAGCGAUAGUUUUAUAACUAUAUCACUGAAUCGUAAUACUCAUCAAACGGUCCAGCCUCGAGAUGGAUGUUCUUUGAUUGAUUCGCAAAAGUGUUUUGUUUUUGAGACGUUACAAAAAGACGAAAUCGGAUCCUUAAUAAUUUCGUACUGUCCUUCCUUAUCGAACUGGAUUUUAAAUAUAACCGACUGCUCAAAAAAAAAUAAAGGAACAACUCAUGAAGAUAGAUCGAGGCUUUAUCAGAAUGUUGUUAUAAGUAGAAGGCAAUUAAUCGACAUGAACAUAGUUCGAAAGCCUCAAGAACAAGGUGGGUUUUUAAGGAACACGCUAAGACGUCUGUCAAAGCAUCGGAUUGAAAAAUUGAGAACUGAGCAAAGAGAUAACGUCCAAGAUCACGGUGAAACAUAUAAAGGCUUCUCCCAUUCGUUUUGGGCUUUUAGUAAGCAACAAAUUCCGUAUUGCUUAAGUGCAAUUUCUGAUCAAGAUGAAUCAACUAUGGUCCAAAUUUUCGAUUCGAUAUUAACAUUUUCUGGACUUGGAACAUCUGGCGAAACUAUAAAAAGGGCAGAAGAUGAACAUAUACGAAUUGUACAAUCCAUUAUGGAUAAAUGUAUGAAAAAGGAAUCUUUAUUAAAUGAACUUUAUCUUCAGCUGAUUAAACAAACGACAGAUCAUCCAGAUGCUAACUCAAGAAUUAAUUUAAAGAACUGGGCACUCCUGUCUGUAGCCUGUAGUGUUAUUUUGCCAUCGAUUAAACCCAUUCGGAAGUACUUGAUUGCCCAUUUAAAACGAUGUGCAAGUGACUAUAUGUCUGAAGAGGGUAAAUACGCAAGAUUUGCUGAAAACUGUUUUUUUAGAACUCAAGGCACAAGACGACGUCAGUGGACUCCAAGCUGCGAAGAGAUAUUGUGUACCACAAAUCGACGACCAUGCUACUCGAAGUUUUAUUUUAUGGAUGGUCAAUAUUAUUCAAUUGAAUUUCAGCCCAGUUCUACAGCAAAUGAUGUGAUGGAAAUCAUAAAAAAGAAAAUCGGACUGCAAGAAAACUCAAAGGGUUAUUCCAUAUAUGAAGUGAUUGGAAACACAGAAAGAAGUCUCUUGUCAGAGGAGAAAGUAUGUGAUGUAAUGGCCAAAUGGGAAAAAUAUCGAAGUACAUCACAACAAGGAACACCAUAUCAGCAGAGUAAUGCGUUAGGAUCACGACCGCAACAUUAUAUAUUCCUAUUCAAAAAGCAUUUAUUUUGCGACAAUUAUAUAAAUUUAGAUGAUACAGUCGAAAAAGAAUUGCUAUACCAUCAAAAUCUACACAGUCUACGAAGCGAACGUUAUCCAAUAACAGAGAUGGAAGCAAUUAUGCUCACGGCUCUUCAGGGGCAACUUGAACUUGGUGAUUGUUGUGAUGUAUUAAAUGAUUAUCGAGCUGUUGCAAGUCAUUGCUUGCCUCCAAGAUUUGUUCCCAACAUUCCUCACGAAGCCGUCGCUAUGCAUCAUCAGAGUCUUCGAGGAAUGUUGCCAGCAGAAGCAAAAAAAGCAUUUCUGAAUUUAAUACAAAGUUGGCCUCUCCAUCGCGCCACUAUUUUUGAUGUAAUGCAAAGCUUCACCUCAAACUGGCCACGAAUGUUAUGGUUAGCAGUUGACCAAAAAGGUAUUCAUUUGCUGGAGCAUCGAUCAAGGAAUAUUUUAUGCACUCACGACUAUGAUUCUAUAAUAUCAUUUUCACCAAAUUUAAAUUCAUUAAUGAUAUUUACUGGAACGGAAAAAAAACAAUCCAAAGUGAUUUUAAGUACUUCCCAGGCUUUUCAAAUUACAACGCUCAUAAGGGAAUAUUCAGAAAUAGCGAAAACAAAAAAUUCGAAAAUUAAGUAAAUAUUAACCUUUAAUUA